GUAAUGUACAAAUGCGGUGACACGAGUCGAUAGAGAAAGAAAGCACGCAAAUAUGUGUCAGCUUAUGUGGAUUCAUUGUCUAACGAGGAAAGCAUCCGUCAUAUGAUGCUGAUGAUUGUCACAAAUGUCAGAACAUGUACAGCUUUAAGAAUCUGCACCAUGAAGUAACACACAAAUAUUUAAAUGAUCAAUGAAAUCCAUGAAGACAGUUUUAUUGUUAUUACUAUGACAUGUAUGAAGGGGAACUGAAGAUGAGGCUAACAUUCAUCGCUAGUGAUGAUGCAACCAGAUUAUUCUCAAUGGAAUUGUUAUGAAAAGAUAAUUUCAACGUAAGAUGUGAAAUCCAGUAUUGCCUUUAAUGAUCUUGAAAUCCACAAACUUAUAUCCAUAUGAUAUUUUGAAAUCCACAUGAUAUAUCAAUUUAAUGUAUGAGUCAAAUCCACAUGAUAUAACAAUUUUAUAUACAAGUGAAAUCCACAUGAUAUAACAAUUUUAUAUACAAGUGAAAUCCAAAUGAUAUAACAAUCUUAUAUACAAGUGAAAUCUGCAUGAUAUAUCAAUUUAAUGUAUAAGUGAAAUCCAAAUGAUAUAACAAUUUUAUCUACCCGUACGAGUGAAAUCCAGAUUUAAAUUCAGGUUAUAUAACAAAAUGGCUGAAUUUCCUAUUUCUCAAGAUGUUAUUCAGGAGAAUAUUCCCAAUGAUGAUACAUCUAUAUUUUUGCCUGAAGGAAGUCAUGUGAUAUCAGAAGGAAGUCAUGUGAUAACAGAAGGAAGUCAUGUGAUAAUAGACGAUUCACUACCAGUUGUCAUACUAACUGAGGAUACUAGUAGCCUUCAAGGGAGAGAAAUCCUACUUCGCCAUAAUGAUACAAUGUUAUCAGAUAAUUUACAUAAGCAUCAGAUAAAUAUAAUAGACUUGAACCUAAUAUCACAUUCUGACAGCAAUCAUUCAACUUUAAAUCAAUUAAACUUUGAUAGUCUUCUGGCAAAUCAGGUGGAAGAAAGUCAGACUCCUAUCGCAACUCAGUCAACAGUCUCUGGCGAAAUCCUAAAACAAAGCAGUGAUAAACAAAAAUUAGUGUCUUACACAAUCUUUCGUCCGAAUGAAGAAGCAAUAUUUACCGCUGAACCAUGCAAGGAAGACACUGUCAAACAGGGAAACCGACCACAAAAAACAUGCCUGAAAGACACUGUUAAACAGGGAAACAGACUACAAAAAACAUGCCAGGAAGACACAUUUAAACAGGGAAACAGACCACAAAAAGCAUGUCAGGAAGACACUGUUGGACAGGGACACAGCCCACCAAAAAGAAACCAGACAAAACAAACAAAACAAACAAAACAGACAAAAAAGAAAGGUAAGAUUGAUGUUCAUGAUGCAGUGGGAUCCACUAAUUAUACACAGUUACUAAAUAAUGUUAACGAGAACUUACUUUCUCCAGUGCAUGACAUUGGACAGAAGCCUAGCACAGUAAAACAUACAGUUUUUCAUGGUUUGAAAGGCAAACCUACUGGCAUGGGAGCUGUUUUUAAAAGUAAAAAAUCAAGCAAUAUCUUUGAAAAUUUAGAACAAUUUGCAAGAGAAGGUCAGAAAGAAAUGGCUGUGCCAUCGGCCUCCAAUGGAGAUGGUGUUUCUACUGAUAAUGAGAGCAAAAGGGAUUAUGAAGAUACACUUAAGAGUAGGUGUUUAAGGUCUAAAGUUUCAGUCAAAUUAGUUCCUUUAGAUAUGAGUAAAAUAACUGUUGAUAAGAAACUAGAUGUUGGUAGCUUUAAAAAAGUUAAAAAGCAACAGAAAAUAAAAUCAACAGAUGUUAAGAAAGUUACCAUUGAAAAGACUAUAAAUGAAAAAUCGAUAGAACAAAAAAAAGUUCCUAAACUGAAAAAUGGUGUGAUAGCAGAGCAGUAUACAUAUAUCCGUGGAAAGAAAAAGAAGAAAAAGCCAAGUUUGGGAUUGCUGAGAGAAAUUGACAAAAAACAUGCAGAACGCUUUGGUAAAACUCCAAAAUCAAUGACAGCAUGGAAAAAAAUUGAAACAAUUGAAAAGAGUGGUAAAAAAACAAAAAUACAAGGCCGUAAAGGAAUAGAGGGAGAGUUUCCAUGUAAUCUUUGUGAUUACGUUGCAAAAAUAAAAACUCAUCUUCAAGCUCAUAGGGCAGUUCAUAUACCCAAAUGGAAAAAAUGCAAUUUUUGUAAAUUUGAGUCGCGGUCAGAGUUUAAGAUGCUGGAGCAUGAAGCAAGACAUACAGGAGAAAAACCCUUCAAAUGUAAGGUUGAAGGGUGCCAGUAUUCUGCCGUGUGCAAGGGAGAUCUAACUAAGCACCAAAGAAAACAUCAAAAGGACAAACCAUUCAAAUGCCCAAAGGCUGGAUGCAGCUUUGGCACAAAAUGGCCUCGUAAUCUAAAACAUCAUUUAACUACACACUCUGAUGAGCGUCCUCACAAAUGUAAACAGUGUGGUUAUGCCUUCAAAAGACCUAGUGAUCUUAGCUAUCACAUGUAUCGUCAUAAUGAUGUGAAACCAAUUAAGUGUGAAAAAUGUGAAUUUAGGUGCAAAACCAAUUUUGAGAUUAAAUGUCACAUGUUAAAGCACAGUGAUGUCCGUUACUUCAAAUGUACUCAUCCAGGCUGUACACAGGCGACUAAAACAAAAUCAGAUCUUACCAAACAUAUGAAAGUUCAUUGUAAAACAUUAGAUUUUGUAUGUGACUUAUGUGGAAAAGGAUUUAAAACAAAAAGUUGCUUAAAAAAACAUCUUUUACGCCAUUCUGAUGAACGACCUUGGAAGUGUGACCUCUGUGACAGACGAUUUAAAAUAAAGCCAGCUUUGAGGAAUCAUAUUAACAUGCAUGCUGGUUACAAGCCUCACCGAUGUGAUGUUUGUGGUAUGCUUUUCGCAAGCUUAGGUAAUAAGAAGACUCAUAUGGUUGUCCAUACAACUAAGGACCGACCUCUUAAGUGUCCGAUUUGUCCCUAUUUAGGUAAAACACAGGAACAUAUACUUGCACAUAUAGGAACAAUGCAUGGAAGUAAAUAUGCUUACUUUUGUGAAAUCUGUAAAAAGCCAUUUAAACGUUAUCACUUACUACAAGUUCAUUAUCCAAGAUGUCAUACCAAGGAAGAACUAGAGAUGUUGGAAAGUGCGCUUCAGUUAAACAUGCAGGCGAUAAAAUCAGAAGUGAUAGAUGAAGUCACCAAGGUUGAGCUGGCAAAAACAAAUUCUGAAUUGAAUUGGGAUUGUGUCUAUGUCAAGGAUGAAAGAUGUGAUAAUGAGGCUUAUGGUGUAGCUGAAGACCAAAAUGUUAAUACUGAUGCAGAUACAACUACUAAAACAUCUGAUCACCAAAAUCUUAAUGGGACUAAUGAAGACCAUAAUGAUGAAAACACUGUUCUUUCAGAUGUUGACACAACUCAGAAUGAGCACCAACACACAUCUGAUAACCUAAAUGAUACCAACGAAAGCAAUAAACCAGAUGUUAAGCCGGCAAAAUUUGAGCCCACAGAAAAUUUUAAUAACACCACAAAACCAGCUACUCUUGCCAUCUAUGAUGAUUUUAGACUUCCAUUAGCAACAGUAGGGUUUCAUUUUAAUUUUAUUAAAAAGGGAAAAAAGACUAAAGCAUGGUUCAUGGACCAAAGUUAUAUGGAUGAAAAUGCCAAAAAUAGACAUCAAAAGUACCUAAACAGGAAGAGAGAAGAGAUGCUUUAUGGGUAUUACAACUCAAAACGUAAACGGAAAAUUCCAGGGAAACUUUCGACAGUUCAUGAAUCACCAGAAAAAAAGAAACGACAGUUUGCUGGUGGAAAGUUCUUCACUAAAAAUAAAACAAAAAAUGCAUUGCAACCUUUGAUAAAAUUAGAUUCAUCAAGUAAAACAAUGCCAAAAAUUGUUAUUAAAUCAAGUUCAAGUGAAUCAAAAAGAUUAGAGGCCAAAAAAUUGUUGGAAAUCAGCAUUAAGAAGUCAGCUUUAUCAUAUGAUCUGAAACCACAUAAAAAAUCAAAAACUACAGAAAUUAAAACUGAACUAGUAAAAAAAGAAAAUGCCAAAAAGCCAUUGUUGGAAUCUACUAUUGACAGUAAAAAAAAUAAGAAAUUAAAAAUUACAAAAACAAAGAAGUUAAAGAAGGUUUUAACAGAACAGUAUAUGAAACCUGAAGAAAAACUCCCAAUUAAACCAAAGGGAAAACCAGGAAGGCCACCUAAGGUUGUUGAAAUUUUGAAAAAAGAUAUUGAUAUUAUAAAGCCAAAAGGAAAGCCUGGAAGAAAACCCAAAAUUACCAGUAAAAUGGCUGAAUACAGAGAUAGUGAAAUGAACAAAAAUAACAAAACUGGAAAGCCUACAGCAAUCCAGUCCACAAUAAUUAAAAACAAACCAGGCAGAAAGCCUAAAGGGAAUGUUGUUGCAGAGAAGAAAAUUAAGAAGACGGGCAACAAACCUGGAAGAAAACCUAAAGAACAUGUGAAACUACCAAAGAUACAAAAGCCAAAGGGCAAACCAGGACCUAAACCAAAGUGCAAAGUUCCAAUUAUGGAAAGUAAAAUUAACAAACCCAAAGGGAAACGUGGCAGACCACCUAAGGCAUUACAAGCAGACAGUAUAAUACUGACUACUAUAAAACAGGAAGCAGAUGACGAUUUUGAUCAGAUGACUACAUCCCUUGAUAAUUUGAUUGGUUGGCAAGAGGAUAUGAAUAGCUUUAAUGAUCCAAACAAUGCUGGAUAUCAGGAAGAUGCAAACCAGUCAUAUAAUAUAACUGUUUGCCAAGACACUGAUUUGUCAAGUAACGCAACACUAUCUGAUAGAAUUAAAACCAAUAGAAGAAGAGUACAUAAUUACAAGACAUCACAGGAUAAUGAAAACACAGCAAGAAAAUGGUUUGCAUCAGGUAGGGCCACAGCUACCCAGCCGCAGUCAAAAUUGUCCACACAGGUGUCGGACGUAUCAGAUGAAAUCUCUGUAGUGACUGAUAGACCAAUCCUAUACAAAUUUACUGGUAAACGGGCUAGUGACCCCAAAAUAACAAGAACAAAUUCUGAACUUACCAGCACCAAUCCUGAAAGAAAUUUUACUCCAUUACCAAAAGAUAAAGCUGAACUUUAUGCUAAAAUACGAUCUCGUAUUGCUUCAAAAGAUGUAACUGCGAAGGAAUCACACAGUAGAAUUACAGCUAAACAUAUCCCGUUAGAAAGAUUAGCUGUAGAUACAUCAACCGGAGGGAUUGUUACUUCUAAUGCAUUCAAUUCUCAGCUUAUACCUCUGCAAACAUUCACAUCUGAUACUCUAAAAGGGACUACUCUCAUUAAGGAAUGUGAUAAAGAACCAACUAAGAAACUAGUUUCAGCUCAGACAUUAAGCUCUAAUACAUUGAAAAGGAUGAAUAUAUACUGUGACUCAACAUGCUCAAAGACAAAUAAAAGAAAUAAACUUGAUGCUCCUCAAGUUGUGAUAGAAAAUGCAGAAGAAAUGAAUAGUCGUGACUAUAAUGAAGUAUACAUUUCUUCAUUACAAGAUUCAGAAAACUAUGAUGAAGAAGAGCAAGUAAGUCAAGUUUUUGUUAAGGAGGAAAUAAUUAUUGACCUAGACGAAGAAAAUGACGAAGAUUAUUAUCAUUCUGAAAAAAAUGUUGAAGAUUCCUCAGAGAAUUGUUUUGCAAGAGAACACCAGCCUCUUGAAAUGGAUAGAAUCAUUGAAAGUAAUGGUAAUUUGUUUAUACCGUAUUGUGAUGACGUAGCUGUCAUGCAAGCUUCAGCUGAGGGUCUUCAAGAUCCUGGAGGAAAUGUCAUAAAUCUGAGAGAACCGUCUACUAUAAAUCAGUUAGGAAUUAAUAUUGAACAUGUUGAAAGUGUACAAGAGUCUGAUGUAACUGUUUCUGUAGAAGAGAGACCGGAUGGUAAUGUGGUCGUCCAGAUGCUUGAACCAAUUGUUGAAAAUGGCAUGUUAUCCAAGUUUUCAGAUGAUACUGAUGAGACUUUGCAAGAUAGUGACAUUGAUAUAAAUAGUUCACCGAUCAAGCAAGAACCUAUUGAAAAAGACUCCCAUUCAUAAAUCAUGUAAACUGGAUCUUAUUUAGAAGUGUCUACGGAAAUAUGAGAGAGUUAUUGUUCAAAUGGUAUUUCUUAUGUUUAAAAUUGAGAAUGGAAAUGGGGAAUAUUUGUUUGUUUUUUUUUUAAUUUUGUUGUUUGUUUUUCUUUGUUAUAUUUUAGUGUUUAUUAUGUUUUGUUAUAAUCUAUUUUCUGUUCUAUGAUAAUGACAUAUAUAGUCACUCAUAGUUUCACUUGCUGUUUUAUCUUUUUGUCUUUUGUCAUGGCAUUGAUUAUAGUGUUUUUUAUUUUUUUUAUUUUGAGUCUUGAGUGAACAUCCUUAACAAUUGAAUUGAUUCAUUACUAAUUUUUGUCAUUUCUUCUUUAAAAAUUUCUGUUCACAUUGCAGAAAAAAUAAUGAAACUUUACCAGUAUUUUCACAUUUAUAUUAAAGAUUUUAAAAUAAAACAACUCAUUUCUGUUACUUUGAUUUUUUAAUUUCACUGAAAGUUCAAAUAUCAAUAUCAAAUCAAUUUUUAGUGAUUUUUCUAAAAAUAAAAAAUAAACAUUUGAAAAAAGUACAUUUGCAUGUCUUGGUUUUUUACAUAUUUUCAUUAAGUCGAAAGCUUUCUUCAAAAAGGUGAAGUGAAGAAAUUUAGUUUCUUGUUAGCUGUUUUUCUUCUUCGCACUAUUAAAUAUAAUGUAAUCUAAAAUUGUGACUGUCAAAAUGAGUAAGAAAAAUAAGAAUAGAACAGUGAAUGUUAUUUUAAUUCAUUGUAAAAUUUAUUAUAUUUUGACAUUUGAAACUAAUAUUAAUUUUGUUUUAUGUCAUGUAUGUAUUUAAAUAUAUAUUUAGAUUGUUUGUUACUGUAUCUUUACUAUAAAGUUACGUUUUUGUUGGUUUUAUUUUUUAUGAAGUCUAUUUUUAUUUGUGAAAUCCUUCGUUUUAAGAUGUUGAGCAUUUAAUUGAAAUCCUUUGUUUUAAGCUGUUGAGCAUUUCAUUGAAAUCCAUUUAAGUUGUUAGAAAGGUUUUAUUUCUUCAAUUUUACACUGAAAAUUUUAAAAUUUCCAAAAUAGUAAAUGAUUUCUGUAAAAGUAUUAGCUUUUGAAAUCAUUGUAAUCUUUUCAUUUUUGUUGAAUUAGAAGAUAAUUUUAAUGACUAUCAUUAUUAAAAUUUAUUUUUGUGUUCUUAUUGCCUCUUAGCUAUAGUGUUUAGCUUUUUUUUUACUUUUAUUUUUGAAAUCCUUAGUUUUAAACUAUAACGAGCAUUUAAUUGAAAUCCAUUUGAGUUGCUAGAAAGGUUUUUUUCUAGCAAAACACUCAAUUCAAUUUUUGAGUUUUGAAAAUAGUUAUUUAAUCACCAACCAAAUUUAUUGUUAUAUUGUUAACAUUGUUAAUAUUUAAUUGAAUAUUUGUCAAUUUUAUUAACUGAUUUAGUCAUCUAUGUGUUCUUGGCUUGAUUGUAGUCCUGUCGUAUUUUAUGAAUUUGUUACUAUUUUGGCUUUGGAUAAAUGGAUGGAUCUCAUGGUUUAUUAACCUAAAGUAUUUUGCAUAGUUUACAUGUUAAAGUAUUGCUAUUUUGAUUUCAUGGUUCAUUGACUAAGUAUUUUGCAUAGUUUACAUGUUAAAGUAUUGCUAUUUUAAUUUCAACAUUUGUACUUUCACCCAUCAAAAUUUUAAACAGGCGAAAGAUAUCUGUGUCAACAAUUUGUUAUUCAUUAUGUUAUUUUAAAUAGCCAUAUUUUGAAUUUUAUCAAUCCUGAGAUUUUAUAUUUUCUUUUAAACUCAAGUUUCUGACAUUUUUUUUUAUCCCAAAGCAAUGCAUUUUUUUUUCUAAUGAGUUUAGAGAUUAUUGUUAAAAUGAAAUUGUAAUUUUAGUGAGGAUUGUCUGUACUUUUAGUUUUUGAAAAAAAACUUUAAAUAUAUAUAAAUGUCCUGCUAUAUCUAGAAAUUUCUGAUUAUAAGGUCAACAUAUUCAGGAAAUGUUUUUUGUGACUUUUUAUAUGUGAAUAUAGAUACCAGUUUCUUGAAAGACAUUCUUUUUUUAUGCUGGAAAUAUUAUUUGUAUUUAAUACAUAUAUAUGUGUUUCACUGAUACAUUUUAUGUCCAAAACAAACCUUGAGGGUUUGAAGAUUUUGUUGUAUGUUAGUUGUUUUUAUACAGGUAAUAUUUUUCUGUUUAUCCAGUUAUAUAAGUCCAGUUUGGAUAGAUUUUAUUGUUUUGGGGAUACAAAAUUGAAAAUUUAGUGAACAUAUUUUAUAACAUACAUUUGUAAAUGACAUUGAACAAGUUUUUUUCUUUAUACAUUUUGAUAAUGUUAAUGUUGUAAUCACAUAUGUUGAAUAAAGUGAUAUGUUUGUAAA